UACAGCAACAUAUGGCACAUGACUCAACAUUUACCGAAAUUGUGAUAUGCGAGGGUUUAUGCCGUCAGUCAUUUCGACGUAAAGUGUGAAUUUGAUCGAUGUGUUUGUAGACUAUUGAAAAUUUAGAGAAGUGUAAUUUAUGACAUUCGUUUGCUUCGUUGUUUGAUGUGACAUCGAACGGUGCUCUAUAUAUUUAUCAAUAAAUAUACCACUGGCUAAUUGCCUAUGAAAUAUAAGCCAGUGGUACAUAAUGUUCGGUUAAGGGAGUCGAGAAACAUAUGGAAUAACGGCAGUUUAAAAAUGUAUACGUAGUGAAAGGAAGAACUUCUGCAGACCUUAUAAUACCGGGGAAGACGUGCUUUCGUGGCAUAUUGCAGGCAAGAUGAUGCAUUGUUGUAUGCAGUAUCGCCCAUGGAACUACCAUUGAAGAUACAGAGGAAAUCGUUAAGGCUACAGAAUUCUGAAGCCUGUUCUGCCAUUAUGGAAUCAAUUGAUACCCCUUCAAUAUUUGGGCAAAGUAGAUUGAUGCAAGGCUCAUAUUCAGAAGGGAACAGAUCUUUGAAUAGUUUGCCCCCAGAUGUGACACUCACAACAGAAUUCACAUCAUUGAAACUUGGCACAAGAUUUGAUAAAAACAAUAGAGGAAGUUUUUUAUUGCUGGAUGGUAAAGAGAAUCUGAAGGUAUCAUCAGGUGAGCAGUUUCUGGGGCGAUUAAAUUGUGAUAGCUCAACACGUGUCAAAGUUGUCUCAGUGUUUGGUAAAACGGGUGAUGGGAAAUCUCAUACUCUGAACCAUACGUUCUUUAAAGGAGAGGAAGUGUUUCACACAUCUUCAGAGCAAGAUUCGUGCACCCUUGGUGUAUGGGCUGCAUAUGAUCCUCACUUCAGAGUUAUUUGUUUGGAUACAGAGGGUCUUUUGGGAUCCACAAGUCAUGAGAAUCGGCGAACCAGAUUACUGCUUAAGGUUCUUGCAGUGUCAGAUAUUGUGAUUUAUCGCACACGAUCAGAGCGUUUACAUUCUGACUUGUUCACAUUCCUGGGCUCAGCAUCACGUGCUUACACACAACACUUCCAAGCAGCGUUGCAAGCUGUGGGUCAGCGCAGUGAGUUUGGUGGGCCUUUAUCAGCCCUUGGCCCUGCAGUUAUCAUAUUCCACGAAACCAGGCACACACGUACUCUGCAGGCAUCUUUAACUGAAAGUGCUGAGGACUUCUUGCGUAACCGAUUUGCUCAGAGUAAACUGGAGAUUGAGGCGUUCAGCUCUCUGCGGUAUGUGGGAAUUCAAACAUUGUCAUUGGCUACAGACUUCUCAGACCUUCAAGCAGCUGUGGAGAGUGAGCUGGAGAACACAACAGUUCGUUCCCCCAGACAACCACAAGUUGUAUAUCAUACGCUUAAGAUUCUGAAUGACAAAUUCAGUGGCGAAAUAGAACACAGUUCCACUGUGCUGUUUCCUGACCAGUACUUCACUUGUCCAGUAAAAUGUUUGUCAUGUGAGAGGCGCUGUGAGAGCAGUAUGGGUCAUCUUAAGGAGGGACUGUGUCAUUCAUGUGCUCAACGAUGCCGGUACCAGCACAAGUUUGAGAACUGUACAUACAUCUGUAAAACCUGCCAUAGCAAUGGAAAGGAAGUUGUGGUUACUCCAAAGCUAAUUUCUUCUACUGAUGCAUCAUGGUUUGGACUUGCCAAAUAUGCAUGGUCAGGAUAUGUCAUUGAAUGCCCAUACUGUGGGGAAAUAUAUCGGAGUCGUCAGUACUGGUAUGGCAACAAGAAUCCAGAGGAUGCAGCAGUAAGAACAGAGAUUCAACAUGUCUGGCCUGGCAAUGGAUCAAUAGCUGCAGCAAAUCAGAAUGCUGCCCAGAAGGUCUUGGAUGGUAUGACAUACAUAUCAGAAGCUGUUGCCAUUGUUGGCUCGCCACCUACACGCAUUAUAUCAUCAUGGGUUGCCGAUCAGAUUGCACCCAAAUAUUGGAGGCCAAACCAUAAAAUAAAGAACUGUCAUAGUUGCAGCAAGUGGUUUGCAGCAUCUGCAAGUAAACAUCAUUGUCGAGCAUGUGGAGAGGGUUUUUGUGAAGACUGUUCAAACCAUGUUAUGCCAGUUCCUGAAAGGGGAUGGGUGACUCCAGUUCGAGUGUGUAGUCAGUGCUACCAGAAAGCCUCUACAAAUGAGAGUGCAAAGAUUUUGGAUGAAAUUGAUGACGCUGAAGUUCGAGCAAGAAAGUAUGGUGAGGCCGUUGUUAGUACACUGAGUACAGUUGCUUCUGUGCUGGAAUAUCCCAGAGGAUUAAUCAAGGAUACUGCUCGCCCAUCAUAUUGGGUCCCAGAUCAUGAGGUCACACACUGCUGCUGUUGUGACGUUCAGUUUGGACCUCGAGUCACUUUGCACCACUGUCGUGACUGUGGACAAGGUGUCUGCAAAGACUGCUCCAUGAACAAACGUGCUGUACCACUUAGGGGAUGGGACAGCCCUGUUCGAGUCUGUGACAAAUGUAUGAAACAAGACUGAUUUUUAAUCAGACAGGAAUUUAGAUUAUGCGGUACAAAAAAAUGGAUCUGACCAGUGUCAUCAUUAGGAAUUCUUGACGUCUGGAGUUUCUUCAUCAUACGACAUGUAGAAGAUUAUCAUGUCAGUAUGUGCCCAAUGUUAUAAGACUGGAAGCAUGGAGUCAUAGUUGUGUCACUUGAAGUAUCAUGUUGGUAAUGCUCACUCAAAAACAGUCAGAAUGUAAACCUGUCAAGAGAGAAUUACCAUACAAUAUUUCUACUCGAGAAGAUACCAAGUUUGGAAAAAUUACUGCAGUUAUCCAAAAUCUAGAAGGAAAUGGAAUAAUGUUUAUUAAAACUGUGAUAUUUUUUAAGGUUAUCCAUAAUUGUGUUCUGUAGCUUUAUGAUUUCUAUUGCUGUUACUAUACUCUUGUACCUUAACUCUACAGAAAAUUAGUAUUUUUAAUUUUCCUUAAAAAUUUGCAUCACAUUUCUGUUAACUCUUUAAGGCGAUAGCAUUUGAAACCCUAGCUCAUUCUUGGUGUGGGAGCAGUAUUUAUGGUUGUUAAAAUUUUAUUCAAACAUGGACAGAAAUCACUUGCAUAUUUGUUGAAUAACUUCCACAGUUUUAGUUCCAUUGGAAUAAGAUUUGGCAUACCUGUUGUUUGUAGAUUACAGAUAUUGAGUUCUUUGUUAUCCUAGAAAUAUUAUUAUGUGUUGUAGUAGUAUUCUGUAAACACCCAUCUGAACACAGUGCAGCAUCACAGCUGUUGGAAUAGCUGUUCUUCUGAUAUACUUACUGUAAACUACACUCUACCCUUCAAAUAUUUAUAUUCAAGCAAAAUUCCAGUCUGUAAAUUUCUUCAGGUGUUAUCACCAUGGUGACUUGCCGCUCAACAUUAUGCUCAUGUAUAGAAUUCAGUAGGAGUUUUCCAGGAGUUGAAAUUGUGAGCGAACUGAAAUACCUACAGAGGUGUACAGCCAUGCACUCAGAAGUUGACAGCAUCCUGAGCCUGUGAGAAAUAAAAGUUUCAGUCAGACCUACAGAAUUAUACUAUUGUGAUUUACUGUGGAAAUGGAUUAUAAAAUGUUAUGAUUUUGCCAUUUUAUGUAUGUACAGCUUUAUGUAGAAGCAUAUAGUUGGUCACCAGUGAGUAAUGUUUUAUUUCAUUUUUGUAUUUUAAUUCUGUGUUAAUAAUAUUUGAGUGUGGAUAUGUGAUGUACGUAUAACUGGCAUUUAUUAUGGUAUGUGAAUUAAUAUGUAGAGAUUGGAAGAUUUUUAUUUUCAAAACAGGCACCUAGGAAUUCCCUAUAGACCACUACAUUGAAAUCAUAUCUCAGACCUUUAAUAUGAAGCCAACAGCCUAACUAAAGUGGUCACUUGGUAUGAUGAAAACAGUUUAGCAAGUGAGCACAAGUGAGUAAGCUCAUGAAGAGCAGCUGUUCAGGAAAGACUAGAGUAUAAUUUUGUUGAAAACGUAAAACAACUGUGCUAACAUUACUUAGAUGAAGGGUUCAGAUGUAUGUAAUUUCUUUGAAACAGUUUUAUUCGUUUUAAAUCUGCUUUAGAAAAUUGGAAGAAAUGUACAUUGACUUGAUUGGUCUCCCCCCCCCCAACCCAGAAUCUGUUCUUUGCAGAAUUGGUUUUAUUAAAUGAACAUAAACGAAAUAAACGCUACAACAGAAAAAUUUGCAAAUUAAGGAAAGUACAGAAAGAUAAGAAAUUCUGUAGUAUCUGUUGAUUAAGAUUGUUAUCAGUCUGCCCUUAUUAAGACUUAUUCUGGAUCACUGAGCGUUUUGAAUGCAUUCAAGUCUUAAUUUUCUUUCUCUCACAGAGUUUAACACCUGUGCUGCAGUUGUGUACCAUUGAAGUGCAGUCUUAAUUACAUCUGCUGUCUUAGCAGCUUCCUGACUAAAGAGGCCAUUACAUGUAUAAAUACAAGUAAAAGGAUAGGGAAAGUGACUUCUGCCUGAGGUUUGUUCUUUGCAAAACUUUUGCAGCGUACAAAACUGAAUAACUUUAAAAUUUAAACUUCUGUUCAAUAUUUGAUUAUGUCACCACUAAUUUCUCCUUGCUCCCAUUGUAACUGUUACGCCAGACUUAUUGACUUGAGUAAUGACAGAAACUGAAUUUUUGCUGCGAGUUUGCCAAGCAGUAACUGUAGCUUCUACAGUGAAGUCUGUUGAAAAGUAUGUUUACACUUUGUUUUACUUUAAAAAGUAGCCCAUAAUUUAAUGAAAUAUAAUCCUUUAGCAUAUGAACGUUUUAUUCUGAUAACUUGGUGUGUGUGUCAAUAUUUUGGAUGGCACGAAGAGCAUUGGGAAAUAUCAGUUGUGUGUGGAAAAUUAGAAAUUUGAGGUAUAUUUUAAGACAUCAUCUACCUGCUUUAAAUGUGGUGUAAUAAUAACACUGAACAUUCUGCAACUGAUAUUUGACACGCUGCUUUAUUUUUCUUGUGGAUAAAAUGUUUUAUACACUGACUUGUAAUAAAAGAAGUAAUCAUGUUAA